GAAGAAUGUAUGGGCUGAAAUUGAUCAGAAGCGUCCUUUCAAGAUCAAGAAUCAGGAAGAUCUUGUGUGGUACCAGAAGGAGAAGGAGCUAGAAAGGGUACAUGUCUUCCUGAGAGGGCUUGAUGAGAAGCAUAGCAGUGCCAAGGGAGAAUUGCUCAGAAUGACAGACCCUCCUAGUUUGAACACAGCUUUUACAUACAUCCGCAAGGAUGAGUCUCAGCAGGAGAGUGUCAAACAUGCACAGGUUGAAGUAUCUAGCCUAGCCAUUCAGGCCAAGUCACCGGCACCUUUCCUUCAGCAGCAAAGUUCAGCCCCACUUCAUCAGCAAGGUUUCCCACAAGGCUUCCGCCCUCGACCUCAAUGUUCUUAUUGCAAUGACCUUGGGCAUGUUCGGGAGACUUGUUGGAAGUUGAACCCACACCUUAAACCUAAAAAGCAAGGUUAUCGUCCUAAGGCAAAAGCAGCUGCUGUUCAAUUGGUCCAAGAACCGGAUUUCUAUGGAGUGGCUGGCCAAGAUCAUCAUACAGCAGGUGGAGCUACUCCCACAGCCUCCAUAGCUGGUCGAGGUAAAAUUGGAUCUUCUCACCAGGGAGAUAAUCGGUCGGGGGUAUCUGAGGGGCAGGUUGUUCCAUCUGGAUCAGACAUACGCAGGAGAGAAACCAGGAGCAGAGUCCCGCACCGCUUUGACUUCGAGUUCUGAUAAGCUAAGUGAAAUUUGGUUGUGGCAUCGCCGUUUAGGGCAUCCCUCCUUCAGUCUUAUGAGAAAAACCAUGCCUACUUUGUUUAUUGGUGUGGAUGAGUCUAUUUUACAUUGUGAAACAUGUGUUUUGGCCAAGAGUCAUCGUGCUACUUACUCUCCUAGUAUUUCAAAUAAAAGUGUUGCUCCUUUUGAAUUGAUUCAUUCUGAUGUUUGGGGGCCAUCUAGAGAACCCACUGUGUCGGGUAUGAGAUACUUUGUGUUGUUUAUUGAUGAUUGUACGAGAUUGUCAUGGGUUGCUCUUCUAAAAACCAAAGAUGAAGUCUUUCCAGCUUUUCAAACUUUUCGUACUCUCGUUCAAACACAA